AUGAAUUCAAACCUUUCUGUGCAUUCAUUACAGCACUUGUCGGACACGAAUCAUACGGUUGUGACGAUUGAGACACCAGAAGAACAGAUUCACCUCAUCUCUGCAUAUCAUCCGCCACACGUCGACAACACAGAACUCAUCCAAAAGUUAGUGGACAUCAUCGAUGGUCUCCAGAAUAAGAACUUCUGCAUAGGAAUCGAUGCGAACGCAAAGUCUGGAGCGUGGGGUCUACUGCCACAUCAGGUCGAGGACAACAGAGGGACCAAUAUGUGUGAACUCAUGUCUUCAAGCCGCCAGCUCUCGUUCAUUGACUUGACAUUAGUUGGCCGAUCAUUACUACACAGAACUGGCGAAUGGAUGGUCUCUGAAGAGGAAUCAAUGAGUGAUCACCGAUAUAUCGAUUUCGAGAUAGAGAUCGGAAGAAGACCACAGAAUCAACGCUCACUCUCAAGAAAAUACUGUACCAUUCGUGCAGAUUGGGAUCUAUUCAGAGAUCUUAUUGUUGCUAAAAAGCUAAGUCUGUCGGAAACCAUUGAAGACAUCGAUUCUAUGGAUGCGACGGAAACCGCGGCGCAGACACUAAUGACUGCAAUCUGUGAAACGGCGGACAAAGCAAUCCCUAAGUCGAGAGCUUGUGAGCGAUCAGUCAUUUGGUGGACACCAGAGCUGACAAUUCAAAGAAGCGAAGUCAGAGAACUCCGGCAAAUCUCCAACGAAGCUAAUGAAACAACAAGAGAAGCAAAGCGAGAAGCAUAUGUCCGGGCCUUCAAUAAGUACAAGACUGCCAUCAAGAAAGCGAAACAUAAAUCAUUUCAAGACUUCAUAACUAACUCAUCGACUGCCGACCCCUUCGGACUCGCCUACAAAAUGUUUCGAUUGAAGCGCAAGACGUCAGCUCCUCUGAAGUCACUUCAACGUCCGGACCAGACAUUCACAGAAACAGAGACAGAAACAUCGGCCUUCGACUCAGCAAAAUGGCAUCACAUAUUGGCAGCACUCAGAUCACACGACUGUCCACGAAAUCUGUAUCAACUCAUCCGACACUACCUAUCAGACAGGUCUGCAGUAUACGAGACAGAAGCGCACCGACAUAAGCGGGUGGUAACACAGGGGGCCAUGCAGGGGACUCCGGCCGGACCCCACCUCUGGAACGCUUUAUACGACGGACUCCUUCAGGUCUCUCUCCCAGAAGGAGCUCAACUUCAGGCUUAUGCAGACGACGCGCUUCUUGUAGUGAAUGGAAUCAAUCAACGAGAAAUUGAGACGAUAUUAGCCGAAGCUCUUCAGACGAUAUGUGACUGGAGUCACAAAUAUGGGAUUCGCUUGAAUCCCGAGAAGUCCCAAGCGAUGCAAUUCUGGCGUCCGAAACAGAGAAAGAGCGGCAAAUUCAUCGAUCGCAAGGCCCCCCGAAACCCGAUGUGUCGAUACGACGGGAAACCCAUAAAGUUUGUCAGAUAUCCGGAAACUAUCCGAUACUUAGGAGUCCAUAUCGACCCCAAACUUGACUUCGAGCGCCACAUCAACAAAGUCUGCGCCACAGCCCGAGAAGCCAUCACUAAACUGUCGGCCAUAGCACGGGUGACGUGGGGUCUGACUCCCGACUCCCUUCGGACGAUAUACAUGAGAGCCAUCGAACCGGCGCUGUUGUACGCACUCCCAGUUUGGGCGGACAGAGCCGUCAUCCUAAGCAACAAAUGCAAGCUAUCGAGUGUUCAGAGGUAUGCCUUGAUUCGGGCCAAUCAGGCCUACAGGACGGCGCCGACGGACUCAUUGUGUGUUUUGGCGAACGUAUUGCCCAUUGAGUUAAGAGUCGCACAAUUGGCUGCAGAAUAUCGCUUGAGAAGUCAAUCGACAACUGAUGACACCAAUGAAUUGAUCGCCAGAUUCACAGAAACACUUGACUUCACAUCGAUUGAGCCGAGAGUCCAGUACUACUUUCGAGUUCACCCCGGAAUGAGACCUCAAAUAGACACCAAUGAAUUCCCGGCUGACGUCAACAUAUAUACUGACGGAUCCAAAGACGACACCAAGACUUCUGCAGCGUUUGUGUCGUAUGAAGACAUCGAAGAAACGGAAUUCCAGUUCAGACUCGAGAAGCAGUGCUCUGUCUUUCAGGCGGAAAUGGUUGCCAUCAGAGAAGCUCUCAUUUAUGUGUUGGACAGAGGAUUGACUUCUGUCUGUCUGUACACCGACUCCUUGUCGUCGAUUAUGGCACUCAAAGACCACGACUCCACUCAUCCACUCGUCUGUAAGAUAUGGGAUCUGCUGACAGAACUCUACAGAAGGCAGACCCGGAUUGCGUUCAUCAAAGUGGCCGCACAUACAGGAGUUCCCGGCAAUGAAAGGGCUGACAGUCUGGCGAAGAGCGCACCCGAAACGGACCACAAGGCGUAUGGCAUGAGAUCUGUACUUAACUGCAAGACUCACAUCAGGGAUAAGGCGCGCGAGAAGUGGGAAGAGAUCUGGAGGUCGUCAGAGACCAGAGGUCUCGCGAAAGCACUCUUUCCGACCAUAAAGUCCAGGAUUUCGGCCAAAGUCUACAAAAUGGGUCAUUACGUGACACAAGCGCUCACAGGACACGGACAGUACGACCAAUACCUGCACCGGAUUGGAGUCAAAGAGUCAGCCGAUUGUCGGGUCUGUGGUGCAGAAGACACGGCCAGACAUCGACUGUUUGUGUGCCAGAGGUUUGAAACAGAGAGACAACAGUUUGAAGAGACGUUUGGCAAAGAACUGAAUGAGUCAAAGAGUCAGCCGAUUGUCGGGUUUGAAACAGAGAGACAACAGUUUGAAGAGACGUUUGGCAAAGAACUGAACGAAGAGUCCAUCCGAGAGGUGACGGAAACCAAGGAAUCGUUCGAAGCAUUCAUACAAUUAGCGAAAGACAUCUCACCUAUAGAUCUGAUGAGAGAGGAAACGACUAUUUCUUAA